AGAGUCGGAAAACAGUUUUACAUUUGAAAAUUAUCAAUUUGAAAGUCGUCGGAUUCACAGACAUACGAAUAAGAUAUAUCGAGCGGACGAAAAUUAACCAUAAUUAAUAAUACGUGAGAGAAAAAAUACGUGCAAAGUUUGCUAAGUAAUAUUGCGCCAAGCUAUUAAAUUAAAGAAUUGUGUGUUUGGCGUUUAUUUGUACUUGUGUUAAAUCAUUUUUAAACAAAAUGUAUAAGACUUCAGAUCAAGCAACAGCCCUGAAGGAGUCUUUAGAGGAGUUUGAUCAAAUAUUGCAGAAUGUAAGAAAUAAUGAUCGAGCUUGCAACAGAGGAACAGAGAUGGAAGUGGACGAGACAAGCUCCAACACCAGUGCCGUUGAAAUUCCUGCUAGUUUUAGUUCGGAUAAUAAAAGCGAGCCGACGACAGGAGAGACGACAGGCUUCAGUGCCAGUGCCGUUGAAAUUCCUGCUAGUAAGAUCGAAAAACUACGCAGUGACAAAUCGCAAGUCUUUAUUAAUUAUGCCUCGAAUCCGAAUCGUUAUGCAACGGGUUUUGAUUCGGAUGGUGAUUACCUCAAGAUAGAAAAGACGACAGACUCCAGCGCCAGAGCCGUUGAAAUCCUUAUCUUUGCCUGGAAUCCGACUACUGAUUGUUUGAUUUCUGGUUCGACUGAUGGUAGUCUACAUAUUUGGAACAUGCCCGAUUAUUUGCCAGAAGCCUAUCCAUUGGUUUUGCGUCAUUCGUCUCAAAAGGGGAGUACCGAAGUGCCUGCUAGCUAUAAGGAUGUUACUUCGUUAGAUUGGAAGUGCGAUGGUAAGUUAUUUGCAGCUGGAACUUACGAUGGAUAUGCAUGUAUAUGGACAACUGACGGUCGGCUGGUAUCCACUUUAGGUCAACAUGAAGGUCCGAUCUUUCUAUUGAGGUGGAACAAACGCGGCAAUUAUAUUUUGGGCGAUGGAUCCGAUAAAACGAUCAUCAUCUGGGAUGUCGAAAGUAAGAAGUGUAUACAACAAUUUAGUUUCCAUUGCGACGUUUUAGAUGUCGACUGGCAGACAAACACAUCAUUCGCCAGUUGUUCCACAGAUCAAUGCAUACAUGUAUGCAAACUUACCGUCGAUAAGCCGAUCAAGAGCUUCCGAGGACAUACAAGUAAAAUUAAUGCAAUCAAAUGGAAUCCACAAGGAAACUUAUUGGCUAGUUGUUCGAACGACUGGAGGGUAAAAAUCUGGUCUAUGAAGCAAGAUACAUGUGUACACGAUUUAAAGAAGCACAACAAUGAUAUUCAUACUAUCAAAUGGUCCCCGACUGGUCCAGGAACACACAAUCCGAAUAUGAAUUUAACCUUGGCGAGUGGGUCAUUUGACUCUACUAUUAGGCUGUGGGAUGUGGAGACAGGUGAAAGCAAACAUAUACUUAGAAAACAUAAUAAGCCAGUUUUAAAUGUAGCGUUUAGUCCGGAUGGGAAAUUUCUCGCUAGUAGCAGAGGUGACAAUGUUGAUAUAUGGUCCACUAAAGACGGCAAUUUGGUACACAAUUACAAGAGAAAAAAUAGCAUUUUCGAAGUCUGCUGGAAUAGUCGCGGCGAUAAAGUCGGCGCAUCAGCAUCCGAUGGCUGUGUAUUCGUUCUCGAUCUUCGUAAAUUAUAAUUACCUCAGCAUUAUAGAAGGAAUAUUUUAUUAUCAAUAAUAAACUUAAUUAGAAAUAAUAAA